GCUCUCGGUUGCUCCAGGCAGCUAUCGCUCUCCAGGCAGGGAGAUGUGGGGGGUUUCAGUGCUCAGGACCCUGCUCCUCUAGGCCCUGGAGCAUUUCUCCCCGAGUUUUCCAGGAGCAGCACCAUGGAGGUGCAAAACCCCAGCACUUGUAGGGUCCCCGUGGGGCUGGAUAUUCAGUGCUUUAUAGUCCCUUUGGCAGUUCCCAGCAGCUGUCUGUCAGCCUGGGGCUCCUUCAGUCUAGAGAGCCAAAAUCUUGUCUGCUGUGGGGGGGUUCACCCCACCUCACCCCUUGCUCCCAAAGCCCUGGUCUCCAGCACAGAGGGCUGAGUUGCUCCCAGCGAAAUUUUGGCUUUGGGAGCCCAGCAAGAGAUGUGUGGAGGAUGCGUGGUAAGGGCCAUCACUCGCUCUCCCCGCAGGAAGCGAAGGGCAGCAUGGCGAAGAGGGUCGCGAUCAUCGGAGGGGGGAGCAGCGGGCUGUGCGCCAUCAAAGCCUGCCUGCAAGAGGGGCUGGUGCCCGUCUGCUUCGAGAGGUCUGGGGACAUCGGAGGCCUGUGGAGGUUUGAGGAGCACCCCGAUGAGGGCCGCGCCAGCAUCUACAAGUCCGUCAUCAUCAACACCUCCAAGGAGAUGAUGUGCUUCAGCGACUUCCCCAUCCCCGACGACUUCCCCAACUACAUGCACAACUCCAAGAUCAUGGAGUACUUCCGCAUGUACGCCCAGCACUUCGACCUGCUCCGAUACAUCCGCUUCAGGGUGAGCUGGGCGCAACCUGACGCCCGCUCCGCCUUGGCCGUCACCGGCCAGUGGGACGUGGUCACCGAGAGCGGUGGGGAGCAGGAGUCGGCCGUCUUCGACGCUGUGCUGGUGUGCACCGGGCACCACACCAACGCGCACCUCCCGCUGCACACCUUCCCAGGAAUCGAGAAGUUCAAGGGCCGCUACCUCCACAGCCGAGACUAUAAGGACCCCCAGGCUUUCAAGGACAAGAGGGUCAUCGUCAUCGGGAUUGGGAAUUCGGGGUCGGACCUGGCUGUGGAGAUCAGCCAAACGGCCAAGCAGGUCUUCCUCAGCACCCGCCGGGGUGCAUGGAUCCUCAACCGUGUUGGAGACCAGGGGUACCCCAUUGACAUCAUCCUCACCACCCGCAUGAAGACCUUCCUCUCGAAGCUGCUGACCCCGUCCAUGGUGAGCGACUGGGCAGAGAAGCGGCUGAACGAGAGAUUUGACCACUCGCAUUACGGCCUGAAGCCAAAGCACAGGAUCCUCCAC